CGGGUGAGGACCUGUCCAGCCUGCCAGUUCUCGCGCUCACGGCGUCGUCGUCUACGUCGUCUGACCUGACGAGCAAUGGCACCUCCACUCAUGACGAAGAAGCUGAGCAGCUCAGGCAGACAGUUGCAGAUCUAAGGCUGGAGGUAACCUGCCUCAAGGGUGAGCUGGAACAGAGUGAAAGCACCGCCCGCGACCUGGCGGCCAAGAAUGAGAAGCUCUUGGCUGAGUUGGACGCUGAACGGAUCGAGCGCAGCCGUUGCCAGAAGCGCCUGGCUGAGAUGGAAGAUGGCAUGGGCCGCCUCAACAGGGUGUCUGUGCUGGCAUGCACGAGAAUUCUUCGAGUUGCGCAAGAAGUUUGAAGAUGAGUCCGAACGGAACCGAGCACACGAGAAGGAGGCUGCCAGGCUGAAAGGAGAGCGCAAUGCGGCCGUGCGUCAGAGUGCUUUCCUCAUGGGCCAAAUGGUGCCGGAGGCAAGGUUGCUGGCAGCUUUGGACCAGGUCAAGGCAGUGGAGCUGCAGGCAGCUGCAGCCAAGGCGGAGCACGAGGCUGAGGUUCGGGCACUGCGUGAGCAGCUGGAAUCGCAGAGUGCCCCUGGGGAGACGGUGGAGGAGCUGAAGCAGUGCCUGGGUGAAUCUGAGCAGAAGUUUUACGAGUCCCAGAAAAGGGUUCAGCAGCUCGAGGAGAGGGUGCGAGAGCUCAUUGCAGAACUGGAACAGAAGGCCUCUGCACCCACUCUCACCAGCGUGCCGCCACCUCCUCCACCCCCUCCCCCACCACCACCUCCUCCGUUCAACCCGCUCAGGUCUCUCAUGGCACUCAUUGCCAGCAGCAGAAAGACUUCUGCACCUGCUGCCGCCAAUGCAAAAGCAAAGGAAGAUCAGCUGCAGGCGAAGCUGAUGGAGGAGAUGAUUGAGCAGAUUAAGAAGGGCGUCCACUUGCGACCCACUGCGCGACCCAUCAUAGAAGAGGAUCUGGAGGAGAAGUCAUCUUCAGAGCCAGCUGUCAACGAAGUCCUCAGCAUACUGGGUGACAUUAAGCGUCAAAAGAGCUCCCGAGGGGUGCGCCAGUGUGACUCAAUGGACUCCCUUGCCAGCAGUUCUUCCAGCAGCCGGGAAGAACAGAGUGAGCUGGAGCGCCUCUUCCAAUCCAAGAACCUCCGUCACAGAGCUGAGGCCGACUCCGAGAGCUUACGUUCAGUCAAGAGCCUGGACGUUGGCGCUCCAGAAAACAGCUGACCAACGUGACCUUUCCUGCGAAGAACGCCCAGCGUCACACCAUGACGUCUCCCCACAAACGCACACUCUGCCUCUUACAGUAUUUUGUGCAAUGUCGUUCUCAUGUGAUUGCUGGGAGGGAACAAUGCUUUCACUUUCCAGAACGAGACUUUGACGCUCACACACUCAAAGUUACAACGCAGUUUCUAUUUAUGCGUUACUUGUGGGCUCAGUUAUAGUCAUCAUCAUUGUCACAGCCGAAGUUCAGUUGCUACAACUAGCAACUAGAACGAUAUUGACAAUGGGUUGCAAUGCUUCCUGCCAACACCUGUGAACUAACUCAGUGAGAGGAAAAAGAAAAGGGAUGUAGUGGUUUCAACACCAAUUCAAUAAUUUUAAAAACCUCCAUCUAAUGAUCAUGACUGCAACAUACUUGCUGUCUUUGCAUACAUUCUAUGCAUGGGGGCUCGUUGUGUGGCACUUGCACUGAUUUGUGUUUAAGCACCUCAUGACGAUCUGUCAGUCAUGAUUGUAAUUGUUGUCAAGAGUGUAGUGCUCAUCGGGUGUCCUCGUGCACGUGUAUGCGACCUGUCCUGUCUUGCUGCAGAUAAGUUUGCGAUGGCAUGUCAAUGUUGAGAGCAUUCAGAAAAUGAAUCUCUCUCCCUGUGCUCAAGCAAGGUUGUAAUGGCCCUCCCUUCUGUGUACUACCUUGACAUUAGAUAGCAUAUCACGGAUGCCUCUCUGUGGCUGGUGGGUCAUAUUUUCUAUUGCAGGCACUUGCAGCAGUUUAAUGCCUAGGCAGUUCUAUAUUAUGCUCAAUUGUGAUGUGCACGAGACUUUCGUGGCCAGCUAUAGAAUGACUUUGUUUUGAGUGACAAGAAGAGACAAAUACUGUGCUCUUGAUUUUUCAUUCACUGACAUAUUAAACGGUGCAGGCAGGAGCAAGCAAAUCACUAUGAAUUAUGCUUUCUAUUGUGCAGCAUUUCACAACCUCCAGUCAUCACAAUCAGGCUAUCACUCACUAAAUCCUAAGUGCAGGGAACAGUGGCACAGAUCGAAGGUUUUUUUUUCUUACGAAAUGGUCCAAAACAACAGCAAAAUGUUUACUACACCUGCAGCUUCUGCCUUUACUGAAUGACAACAAUGCUAGGUAUGGAUGUCUAUGCUCAGAGAAACACAGAGGUGCUAAUCAAGGAAUUCCUCUCUGCAGAAUUUGCCAAAGAGUGUUAAGAAAGCACACUUUGUAGAGAAGUCAAGGCUGGGCCUAAAGUGGGGGAAACAGUGAACUGUUCAGAGCUUUCAUAAUUGUGGGUGUCCAUCAGGCAUGAACAAGUCUGAGGCUAGGUUUUGUUGAGCAAAGGGCAUCACUUUCUGUUUUGGCAGUGAAUCUACUUUGUGGUAUACGUAUUUCGGCAUGCAAUGAUCAGUAGUAGUCUAACAAGAAUGUAGCUGGAGCCCACUUUCUGGGGAGAAGACUGGCUCACCUUAAUCAGUUUUUUUUAUUUAUUUAUUCUCAUGGGGAACUUGCCUGCUACAAGUCUUCUAUUUGAAGACCGCUAUGGUACUGCUAAGCACGAGGUGCAGUUUCAAUUCCCAGCCACAGCAGCCAUAUUUUGUUGGGGCCAAAAUGCAAGAGCACCCAUCUAUGCUUAGACAUAGGCACACAUUUAAGAAACUCAGAUAUGUUUAAAAUGACCCUUCAGUCUCUUGCUACCGUGUGCAUCUAAUCAUACCAUGGGUUUGGCUUGCAAAAUCUUUAGAAUUUAAUGUUAUAUAUAUCUUUUUAGUUUUUAGAGCAUUGAUUUCAGCAGUAUCGUGUUUGACCAACUUUCCCGUCAACUCCACAUUUUUCUUGCAGUCCUCUGAACUGCCUGGCUAUCCCUGUGGACUACCCUCAUAAUCUUGUAGACUGUGUCGUACAUUUGCUGAUGGUCUUUCUUGUAUCACAUUAAUGACCAUGAGGAAUUUAUUUGGGAUUCUGGUUUUUCAGUGGUCUAAUGUACACAUUCGAACCACACACCUAUGACAGUAUUCAAGUUCCAUAAUAUUUCUCUAGUAUAUAAGCAAUAAUUGUGAUUGGUGUUGCAAGGAGAAAACAGGGGGGCUCAAAACAGGAAUUUUCUCCUCAUAAUGGCCAUGCAACCCCUCCCUCCCUGCUUUCAAUUGCAGAUAUUGUUGGGCCUCAUUUUGUUUGAAAAGCAGCCAUCACUUCAUGCUUGAUGUCACCAAACCAGCUUUGUCCAUUACGCCUGACUGACUAUAACUGCCAACCCACAUGCUUCUCUUGCAUGCAACAAGUGACUGCGGUUUUUUCAAAAGCUAAAACCUGCCGCUGUCGUGGUUUUCAUAAGCCUUUGUGCUCUUCACAGAUUAAUCGCAAAAUGGGGCGCAGCCAUGCAUUCUAGAAAAAAAGCAUGCCCUAUGCUCCUGCAUCCCAACUACUCCAGUUCAUCUCCCGUCAUCAUAGUGCACUAGGUUGGUGUACGUCAUUUCCCAGUAACACUACCAUAAAAUUUUAAGCAAGUGGUCCCGCUAUGGUGAAGGAUGACUCUGCGAAUUUUGCAACGUGAGUCUUUGCUCAGUCAUGGAUCGAAAUUCAUAAUUAGAGAGAUGGAUGGGUCUGAUAACAUUGGAGGUGGAAAUAGAACUGGAAGGGCUUAUUCUAUGAACACAUGGUACACAGAUGGGUGCAGCAACAGGCAUUGUUUCUUUCUUUCUUUUUUCUUUCAGCCCUUCAAGCAUUCUUUUUUUCUUUCCGCUAAGACAUCAAGGAUCUAGAUUUAAUUAUUGGUAUUACUGGAGUAGUGUAGCAUCAGGCACACUAUGCUAGAGUUUUCUCUCGCAAAGGAGAGAUACAAAUGUUUUGCUGUGUAGUUUGGCAAUUAAAAAUGGCUGAAUUGGUAUAGGACCAUCUUCUACAAGAAUACACAUGAAGGAAGAAGGGACUAACGUGUCCUGUUCUGCUGCACAGUUUUUUCAGAUUUGCCUGUGUAUUUGGUGCUCAUGGUCAUUUUCGGUGUAUUUUAAAACUACUAUCAUUAUAAAUUAGUUAAACAUAUUUACACUCAAACCUUGGUAUAAAAACCCAGAUAUUUAAUAUAAUCAGUUAUAACAAAGUAAAUGAAGAAUAGCUUUUUCAUAAAUACAGUACUGCAAGUGUGUAUUUAUAACGAAUUUUCAGAUAUAACAAAGUAUUUUCGUGGCAAGCGUGACUUCGUUGUAUUGAGGUUCGAGUGUAUAAUAAUCAGGAAUGGGGGGGGGGGGGUAGCUGUACAUACAACUGCCCCCAGCUGCUUUCUUUUCCCUAGAGCACUCUGUGUUCAUGGGUCUACUCAGCGAACAUGGUAGAGGGGGCAUGCAUUAGGAUCCUAUUGUCUUGCUGUACGCUACCAUGUGAGCCCAAGUAAAGCACAGGGGGUGGUAUUUAUAGCUUUUAGUUGUAUGAAGUUGUAGUUUAAUUGAGAAUCAUGAAUAUGACCUUCUAUGCUUUCCUUAGCUUCAUUAUUUGUUGACUUCAUACUACAUGUAAGCAAGCUAUACCCCAGGAUACCCAAUGCGCUCAUUGAGAGCCUCUUUUUUUUUACAUUUACAUUUUGCAUUUUAUUGAGGUUGU